AUGGGACCCAAGAUGAGGCGCUUAAAGAAGCAAGGCAAAUCUCGGCUCCUGGAAAUGCCUCCAGAGCUGCAGAGCAUGAUUGCAGGCAAGCUUGAUGCCGUCUCUCUCUGCAACCUCAAGCUCGUCUGCAAGGGUAUCGACACGUGGACCAAAGAUCCGCCCAAGCUAUCGGCUUCGGAAUGGCAACAGUACCACUCGAUUUUUGAGACACAAGCUCGCAGGCGCCGCAAGCUCCAGACAUUCGGUUGCUCGGGCUGCAAGAAACUCUUGGACAAGGGGGUUUUCAGUGACGCAGCGGCACGUAAUUUACUCAACAAGGGCCGCCUGUGCAUCAGCUGUGCGAUCCACAAGGGAUCUCACGACAAGCGCAAUUUCAAGGUUAAUGAAAGAGAGGUUUUCGGAUGUCGAGGGUGUGAGAAAGCUAGGCCGCUGGGCAAGGAGGACACAUGCUUGGUGGAUAAGACUCGUUGGUACGAGGAUUUUCCCGAGAUUGACCCUGGUAGCUUCCUUGCUUCGCGUGGGGUUCGAUGGUGUCGUGGUUGCUGGACCAUCAUAGAGAGAUACCGCUCGCUGGACAGGUCACUGUAA